CGCUUGAUUUUAACAGAGGUCCAAACAACGUUCAGUCGAUGGCGGUCAUUCAGACGUAUCUUUUGUGUUUAAAAAAUGUAUGCGCAUAUUGAGGAUUCCUUUGAUAUUCGUGAUUUUGUUGAAGGAAUUCAACUUCAGGGAAUAUUAAGAUUGCAGGAAAUAGUAAGACCAAAUUUACAAGUAAAUAACGAACAACGUAAAAAGUGCAACAUCCGAGCUGCUGAAUCUCGUAUUCUCGGUAACCGUUUCUACUCGGAGAGGCUGCUCGUCAAGGCAGCAGAACAGUACAACGAAAGUUUGGCAUGGGCUGAACCAGAAUCUGAAACCAUGACAUUAGCCUACGGAAAUCGUUCUGCAGUAAAUUAUGAAUUACAGGAAUAUGAACUUUGUUUGGACGAUAUCGAAAGAACUCGUAAGAAUGGAAAAGUCAAUCCACAAUUAGAAGCAAGGCUGAAUAACCGAAAAAUCGCGUCCCAAGCAGCACUUGAGAAGAAAAUAAAUGAUCCGGAAAGUACCUUUCCCAGACCGAUGGUACUUAGUUAUCCAAGUAAUCCUAAAAUCCCGCAAAUGGCUCAAUGCUUGGAAUUUCAAAAAUCAUCAAAAUACGGCAGGCACAUUAAAACAAAUCGAGAUCUACAUGUUGGCGAUGUCAUCUUGAUAGACAGACCUUUUGUCAGCUCGCUCAUCAGCACACUGAAAUACCAACGAUGCACUUAUUGUCAGUCAGAUAGUCUUCUCUAUUUGACGCCAUGUUUAAAAUGCACAGAAACUAUGUUCUGUAGUGUAGAUUGCCGUGAACGAGCAUUCAAUGAAUAUCAUCGUUUUGAAUGUUUUGUGUUGGACGAAGUGCGAGAGUUGACUAUGAAAGAUAUUAAAGAUACAGACCUGUUGCUGGCUCUGAGAAUACUACUUAAAGGAAUUUCAGCUUUCAACGACGAUUUAGAUAACCUCGUGAAACAAACAAAAGAAGUCUCCCAAAAAUCCUUAUAUAUUUUCAAUCAAAAUUGGAAUGAGAUAAACACACAGAAAAGUUUUCUUGCUAUUCAAACGUUGAUAUCUCCUCAAGAUGAUUUGAAAGAAGAUAAUUAUACUGUUUCAUAUAACUCGGUCCAUUUCAUUCUAGAACUGCUGCUUCGUUACACACCUCUCAAAGAUAUUUGUAAAAACGACCAACACAAAGAAGUCCUCUUUCAUCUUUUUCUGAAACAAUUGCUGAUCGUGAAACAAAACAUGGGAAAAGCAACUAAAUUCAACAACUUUAAACCAAGUGUUAACUCAUAUUAUUACACGCCGAGUAAUUUGGGCCUAUCAGCAUAUCCUUUGUACUCGCUGAUAAACUUUUCUUGCGUACCGAAUGUAAUGACAAUAUAUCUCCCAGAUGGACGAGUUGGUAUUGUAGCAUCCCAAGCGAUCAAGCGGGGAGGACAACUGUUUACUACAAACGGUUUCAAAUUCGAACAUCACCCACGGGCUUUACGUCAGACUGUUUGCAAACUGAUGUUCAACUAUGAUUGCACCUGUAGGGCAUGUCAGCUAAAUUAUCCUCGGUUUAAGAUGCUGAAGCGUCUCCCACAACUCUCUUCAACAUAUGGAGAAAUAUCAAUACCUUGGUACAAAGGAUUUGAUGCCCAAUUCACUUUGAAAAAGCUACCGAAAAUUUGCGAGUAUUUGGAGAACAACGAGAAAUACAUUCCAUGCAUGGAGAUGACGCUAGCGCGGGAACAGCUUCUUUACUGCCUUUGUCAAAUUUUCACAACGGAUCCAAUUGCGAAGAAAUUCGACAAGUUCAUCGGCCCAGAUAGGUUUGACCAACGAUUUGAAGCGGAAUUACAUAUUCAGGUACCUCAGCAUACGAUGUAUCAACAUAUGUUCCUAGGUGAAGACAAUUAAGUUUUAUGAAAUUUCAACUAUUUCUAAAAUAUUACAUUAGAAAGAUAAAUAUCACAUUGAAAACAAUUUCAGCUUUUAUGAUUUUUUAAAUUUAAAGCUUCUCGAUUGAUUCAUU